ACUGUCCAGUUUUACAUACUUUACACACUACUGUACAUUAACUGUGGUGAUAUUCACCCUAGCUCGGUCACUGGCAGACUGAUAAGAUCUUAGGUCUGGGUGGCUAGAGUGGGCGGAGCUACCUUAAGGCAUCCAAGCUGUGGCUUUGUAUCCAAGCUGUGGCUUUGUAUCCAAGCUGUGGCUUUCUAUCCAAGCUGUGACUUUCUAUCCAAGCUGUGGCUUUCUAUCCAAGCUGUGACUUUGUAUCCAAGCUGUGGCUUUCUAUCCAAGCUGUGGCUUUCUAUCCAAGCUGUGGCUUUCUAUCCAAGCUGUGGCUUUCUAUCCAAGCUGUGGCUUUCUAUCCAAGCUGUGGCUUUCUAUCCAAGCUGUGACUUUCUAUCCAAGCUGUGGCUUUGUAUCCAAGCUGUGGCUUUCUAUCCAAGCUGUGGCUUUCUAUCCAAGCUGUGACUUUCUAUCCAAGCUGUGGCUUUCUAUCCAAGCUGUGGCUUUGUAUCCAAGCUGUGGCUUUCUAUCCAAGCUGUGGCUUUGUAUCCAAGCUGUGGCUUUCUAUCCAAGCUGUGGCUUUGUAUCCAAGCUGUGGCUUUCUAUCCAAGCUGUGGCUUUCUAUCCAAGCUGUGGCUUUGUAUCCAAGCUGUGGCUUUCUAUCCAAGCUGUGGCUUUCUAUCCAAGCUGUGGCUUUGUAUCCAAGCUGUGGCUUUCUAUCCAAGCUGUGACUUUCUAUCCAAGCUGUGGCUUUAUAUCCAAGCUGUGGCUUUGUAUCCAAGACAGAGCGUGCACAGUCCUCCUGCAGCCUGUUAGCCCACUACCAUGGAUGUCAAACUGCUGGCACUGAUGGCUCUGCUGUCCGUGGCCACACGUCUACUAACCUCCAACGCAAAGCCCAUCAGUCUGCAACAGCGGUGCUCUUGUCGUUCAAUCCUGAACACGGUUCCUAAACGCUACGUCAAAGCGCUCGAGUUCCUCCACAUACCCAACUGCCCCUUCCAAGUCAUUGCCAAGCUAAAGGACAACAGGGAGGUUUGCAUCAACCCGGAGACCAAGUGGCUGCAGCAGUACUUAAAUAACGACUUUGACAAGGUGCAGACAUCUAGCAGAAACAAGAACAAGAAAAACAACAAGAAAAUCUAAACAAAAAUGGGAGACAUGUAUGUUAACAAAACCAUUUAAGCAUGCAAUAGAAACCAUUUUGGCAUCACUCUACAAUACCAUAUAUGCGAUACCUUUUAGUCUUUCUGAAAUCAACAAAGCUCAACACACAUUUUGAUCACACAUCCAAACCUAAACACCAACUGCAGCUGGGCUCCGAGGGUACAAAUGGAAUGCUGCUUAGGUCGGAUGUCAGCACAGAUAAGAGCCUGAUGAAGUCCGAGGGGACCCGUUAGGGUCAGACUAACAGCAGUGUCUAUGAGUAUUAGACAUCCGAGCAAAGAACUAAUUCAUCCGAGCAAAGAGCUAAUUCAUCCCACCACAGAGCAUGUUUGUGCAUCCGACUGGAGGUUUCUACUUGACUCAGCGAUGGACGUCGUAACCAAAGGGUCUGGAGUUAGAUAAAGGGGAGUUGAACCCUGACUGGAAUUACAACUGACUACAACAUUGACUGUAGCCCAUCUCUGAUUGAAGCCCGGACUCCACUCGCCAAACUAAGAGUCAACUCCAAAGGUGUCACACCGCUCGCACUAGAUUUCACAAAGUGCAGCCAAAUGGAUCCGGCUCAGUCAAGUCGCUCUUACACCACAGUUUUAAC